GCGCGGUGCAGCGACCCUCGGCCGGGAUGGCGGCGGUAGCGGCGGCGCGCGGUGCCUGGGGCGGGCGGCGGUGGGUGGCGCUGAGGCUGUCGCGGAGACCCGGCCCCCCCUGGAUCACCUCAGCCGCUGCUUCUGUCUCCUCGUCCUCGGUGCCAACAACCAAACUCUUCAUUGAUGGGAAAUUUAUUGAGUCCAAAACUACUGAAUGGAUUGAUAUCCAUAACCCGGCCACAAAUGAAGUGGUUGGCCGUGUACCAAAAGCCACAGCCAGUGAGAUGGAGGCAGCUGUGGCUUCUUGCAAAAAGGCAUUUUGGAACUGGUCAGAAACUUCUGUUUUGAGUCGCCAGCAAAUCUUCCUGCGUUAUCAACAACUCAUCAAAGACAAUCUGAAAGAAAUUUCAAAACUCAUCACCUUUGAGCAAGGGAAGACCCUGGCUGAUGCUGAGGGAGAUGUGUUCCGAGGCCUCCAGGUGGUUGAACAUGCUUGCAGUGUGACAUCCCUCAUACUGGGAGAGACCAUGCCCUCCAUCACUAAAGACAUGGACACUUAUACCUACCGUCUGCCUCUGGGUGUGUGUGCUGGAAUCGCACCGUUCAAUUUCCCAGCCAUGAUUCCUCUUUGGAUGUUCCCUAUGGCCAUGGUUUGUGGAAACACCUUCUUGAUGAAACCAUCUGAGCGUGUGCCAGGAGCACUCAUGUUCCUUGCCAAGCUGUUUCAGGAUGCUGGUGCCCCCGAUGGGACCCUGAAUAUCAUCCAUGGACAACAUGAAGCUGUGAAUUUCAUUUGUGACCAUCCGGAUAUCAGAGCAAUCAGCUUUGUGGGAUCUAACCAAGCUGGCGAGUACAUCUAUGAGAGAGGAUCCCGGAAUGGCAAGAGAGUCCAGGCCAACAUGGGGGCCAAGAACCAUGGUGUGGUGAUGCCUGAUGCCAAUAAAGAGAACACCUUGAACCAGCUGGUUGGAGCUGCUUUUGGAGCAGCCGGCCAACGCUGCAUGGCCCUGUCUACAGCAAUUCUAGUGGGAGAAGCUCAGAAAUGGCUGCCAGAGCUUGUGGAUAGAGCCAAACAUCUACGUGUAAAUGCAGGAGACCAGCCUGGAGCAGACCUAGGGCCUCUAAUUAGUCCCCAGGCUAAGGAGCGGGUUUGCCAUCUGAUUGAGAAAGGCGUAGAAGAAGGUGCCAGCCUUCUUCUGGAUGGACGUAAUGUCAAAGUGAAGGGUUAUGAAAAUGGCAAUUUUGUCGGGCCAACGAUCCUUGCCAAAGUCAAGCCAAACAUGACUUGCUACAAGGAAGAAAUCUUUGGGCCUGUCUUAGUGGUUCUGGAAGCAGACACUUUGGAUGAUGCCAUUGAGAUGGUAAACAACAACCCCUAUGGAAAUGGAACUGCAAUCUUCACCACCAAUGGAGCCACAGCUCGGAAAUAUUCUCACUUAGUUGAUGUAGGGCAGGUGGGUGUCAACGUUCCAAUCCCCGUACCUCUGCCCAUGUUCUCUUUCACUGGCUCCCGUGCUUCUUUCAGAGGCGAUGCCAAUUUCUAUGGCAAGCAGGGAGUGCACUUCUACACGCAGCUGAAAACUAUCAUUUCACAAUGGAAAGAGGAAGAUGCCACCGUUACCAAGCCUGCUGUGGUUAUGCCAACUAUGGGAAACUAAAUCAGCCUUUGCAGAUGGUGUUCCUGGUGCCCUUCUUCUAUGCUGCUCUUCCCAGCUUUGUCCCAGUUAUCAUCAUUUUCUUGUGAAUUAAUAGAAAGCUCCGUUUUCUCAAGGACCUCUGUUUCUUGUGCCGAUCAGGCAGGCUCAUGUAAUGCACAGUCUGGGUUUUCUGUUGCUGUCAGUGUCUUUUGGCUAGCUGAGCUCAAUUUUUUACCUACAACCUAUCACAGACAAAACAGCUAUCUAACUGAAAAGGCAGACAGUGAGAUAGGUCUUGAUUUGCAUUUAUUUCCAGACCCUCUGAACUUGAACAUUCCUCUAAUUUCCACUUCAGUGUCUUUAGCCUUAGUCACUCACUCCUGGCUACAUCUUGUAGCAAUUUUCCUUUAGCUCUUUAUCUUACAUGUUAAGAUUUUGAGUUCACCUUAAGUUAGAGUACUCAUUUUGAAUGAUGUAACUGGGACACCUUGGGUGUCCCAUAGAAGUGACUUCACACACAAUGAGGACAGCAAGUUUGGGAGUUGAAAAUGUCAGUCUUUCAUGUGUUAAGCAGUAUCCAGAACACUUGGAAAAUAGCUUUCUAAGGAUUUCUCAGGAAAGCAUAUUUGAUUGCUUUUCUGAGAAUGGAAGAAAUUCCUGUAUGUUACAGCGACCUUCACUGUGCUUCUGACAGCUUGAAAACUUCUCUUCCUGUUGUGCAUGUGGCUUGUAUUCUCCAGCUUGCUGUUGGUUCCAUCACACCUGAAAGUUGUUCAGUGCCUUUUUUACUGUGCUAACAGAUACAUGCCUACAGGUCCUGUAACAGAAUGAAAUUGUGGAAGCAGAAACAUAAGAAUGUGUAUGUAUCUUCAUGUCACAGCAUCACGUGGGUCUAGGUGGAGAGUAAGUAGACAGGUCAGUAGGAAGAAAGAACUCUUUUUUUUAAUCACAAACCUUUCCUGUUGUUUUCUCUUCCUGACUGUAUUUCUUAUGUUGAUUGAUUGACUGCUUGUCACAUUUGCUCAAAUACAGUCAUGUUCUCUGGGGAGAGCAGGUCCCAUUACUGGCAAAGGAUAAGACUUGGCAUACCCUGUUUUUAAGAAUCUGUGCAUUUGGAGCUGGAGAGCUUAUUUUUAUUCCUGGUUCCUGGAAGAUGAUGCAGCCAUGAGGGAUCUGCAGGGAACUCAAUUCAAGCACCCAUGGAAAAUAAUAUUAUUCUAAUGACUGUAACCAUUACUUGUUCUAAUUAAACAACCUGAAUGUGAACACUUUGUAUCCUGCCUUCUGGUGAAGAUGCCUGGUAACUGAUGGUUAUGUAUUAGUGCAAUUGCUGUGCACUCACUAAUGUUUGUAUCUCGUUUUUUUCCUCUGCUAUACCCUAGAGGAAAAUCCUCACCUUGAAUUUGAUUACAAAUUAAAAACAUGCUAAUAAAUUUAUGUAGAAUAUGA